AUGUCAGCUUCUGUCAAGCCCCUAACACUCAACGAUGUCCUCUCUGCUGCCCAAGAACAUCAUCACUACAGGUGUGGUGCUGAUGAUGGCAAUCUUUCCGAGCGCCUCGUGGACGGGUCUAAACUAGCAGAGCUGGAGAGAGAACAGGAAGCUAUCGAUGCCUUGGGAAAGGGUCGACUUGGAAAUAUGAUUCUGAACAUGGAUAAGGGGAAUUCAUCACCCAAGGAAUCUUAUACCGUCUCUGAUGCUCCUGAGGAUGAGGACGAUAAUGUUAAAACGGUUGGUAAGAGGUCACUGCAAGUGUAG